AUAAAACCACUUCCGCCACUCAUCAACACCAAAUCCCCUUUACUUGUUCUUUCUUCUCUCUCUCUCUAUCUCUCUCUCUCUCUCCCUCUCUGCCUCUGUUUCUUGUGAAAGCAACCAUGCCUGUUCAAGUGAUGCCAGAGACAACCCUUCACGGCAUUCAUGUCUUGGGAACGGAAAACAAUCCUCCCUCUCCUAGAAGGUUGGAAGGGAAAAUUGCUAUAGUAACAGGCGGUGCCAGAGGAAUUGGAGAGGCCACUGUAAGACUAUUUGCCAGACAUGGCGCUAAAGUAGUGAUUGCAGAUGUUGAGGAUACACGGGGAACUAUUCUAGCUAACUCUUUUGCUCCUGCAGUGACCUUUGUUCACUGUGAUGUUAGCCAGGAAGAAGAUAUUGAGAACUUGAUUAACUCCACAGUUUCUCAUUACGGGCGGCUCGAUAUUCUUUUCAACAAUGCUGGGGUGCUUGGAAAUCAACCAAAGCACAAGAGCAUUCUCGAUUUCGAUGCGGAUGAAUUUGAUCAGGUGAUGCGUGUGAAUGUUAAAGGGGUAGCUCUAGGCAUCAAGCACGCAGCUCGAGUGAUGAUUGCUAGAGGAGUUGGGUGCAUCAUUUCCACCGCUAGUGUUGCUGGGGUGAUGGGAGGUCUUGGUCCUCAUGCAUAUUCAGCUUCAAAGCAUGCCAUUGUUGGGCUCACAAAGAACACUGCUUGUGAGCUUGGCAGGUAUGGGAUUAGAGUCAAUUGCAUAUCUCCAUUUGGGGUGGCGACACCCAUGCUUAUUAAUGCCUGGAGGACCAGUAGCGAUGAAGAAGAGGAUUGCAUGAAUUUUGGGUUGCCUAGUGACCAAGAAGUGGAGAAGAUGGAAGAGUUCGUGAGAGGGUUAGCUAACCUACAAGGCACAACUCUAAGGGCUAAAGAUAUAGCUGAGGCUGCUCUUUAUCUUGCUAGUGAUGAAUCCAAGUAUGUUAGUGGUCAUAAUCUUGUCGUGGAUGGUGGAAUUACCACUUCAAGAAAUUGUGUUGGCUUAUAAAUACAAUUUGCCAUUUCUUCUUCUUCUUUUUA